GCCGGCGGAAGGUUCGCCUCGUGAGCUCUGGGGCGGGGCGGAGUUUGGGGUCGUGGGCAAAAAUCACCUCAUGGUGUUUUGGGUGCUUCGUGUACCCACGAAAGGGGGCGGCCGGUGGGGGCUGCUGGUGGUGGUGCUGUAUAGCUUCUUCCCCCUACCACCACCCUAUUUUUGUGAGGAGGGGCAGCCCAUUUUGGGGGAGGGGGUAAAAUAGCCCAAUUUAGGGAAGGGGAUAAUUUGUGGGCGCCCCUUUUGGGUUGGGGUGCUGGUGAGGAGAAUAAAUAUUAACUCCUUUGGGUGGCAUGGAAAAGAAGCUAAACUGAGGGGGGUAGGUAAAUUUUGAGAUAAUUUGUAGAUAUAUGUCUCUCUUUUUCUUUUUUGGAAGGGGGGUGGGAAUUUGGGAAUCAGAAAUAUUGUCUUACGCCCUCUGGACGUUUGGUGUCCAAAGUGUUGGUGGUGGUGUUUUUACUGUGUUUUUAAUAUUCAGUCAGGAGCCACCCAGAGUGGCUGGGGCAACCCAGUUAGAUGGGUGGCAUAUACUAAAAUUAUUGUUAUCAUCAUCAUCUCAAGAAGACAAGUAUAAUCAUCAUUGUUUUCAUAGAAUUGUAGUUUUGGAAGGGGCUGCUCUUAGCAGUCACAGAUAGUAUGGACUGCUUUUCUAUUUCACCCUCCAGAGGGCUCGGGACACCCGUAUUUAUUUACGUGGCACAUAGUUAAAACUAGGGAGCUCUCCCACAGAAGGUAGUGAUAGCCACCAACUUGGUUGGCUUUACAACAGGAUGAGACCAAUUCAUGGCAGCUCUCCAUGGCUAGUGGCCAUGAUGACUAUGCUCUGCCUCCACAGCUGGAGAUAGCAAUGCUUCUGAACACCAGUCGCUAGAAACCAGGGGAGAGGAGAGUGCUCUUGUGCUUGGGUCCAGCUUGUAGCCUUCCCAGAGACAUCUGGCUGGCCACUUUGAGAACUGGAUUCUGGGCUAGAUUGGCGGUUGCCCUGAUCCAGCAGGCUCAUCUUCCAUUCCUAUACAUAUCCUCAUUUACCCUCACAAGAACCUUGGGAAGUCAGUCUGACUGAAAGAUAGUGAUUUGACCAAAGUCAUUUUGCAAGCUUUGUGGAUGAGUGAGGUUUUGAAUCCUUUGUCUGAAUCUGGAACACUUGUCUAGGUGCUUCACAACUUUAAACACGUAUGUGCCCAGCAUCUUGGGCAGGAAGAUGGCAAAAAUUCCACACGAAACCUCAAUUCUGUUAAUACUUUUUGUCUCCUGAUAGAUCUUCUGUAUCCUCCAUGCUGCUCAUUUCUAGUGAAGAUGAAGCGCUUGGUGUGGAAUACAGGUCCCUUCGGAUUACGGGGAAUACAGAGAUGGUCCUCGGGUUCUUCUGCCAGCCGCCUGGUUCAGGAGGAGAUGGCACAAGAUACUGGUUCUGUCCCCAAACAGCAACGCAUCAAUCCACUUGGCAUCCAGAUGCUUUCUAAGCAUCUUCAUGAGCAGAUUUUCCGGGGUGCCCAGAUUGAAUAUUCAGAGGAAGACAUCCAGAAGAGUGUGGCACACUUGCAGAAGCAUGACUUGUGGGGCAAAGAGACAACUACUCUUCCUGAUGUGGAAUUGCAGCUGCCCCAGUUGUAUGGGGCCAACAUCGAUGAACACUUCCGCAUCUUGGCACAGAAGCAGAGCCUCCCAUAUCUGGAAGCUGCUAAGGAACUUCUUCAGUUUGGGAUCCCACCAGUGCCCCAGGAGUGGGCUUGGAAAGCUGGGUGGACACGAUACGGACCCAGUGGGGAGAAGACAGCUGUUGAUUUCCCUGAUGAGCGGGCCUUGGUGUUUGAUGUGGAAGUGUGCAUGAAUGCAGGCCAGUGCCCUACACUUGCAGUAGCUGUUUCCUCAAAUGCCUGGUAAGAUGCCGACAGCUCUGGUAGAAGGGUGAAAGUUUUUGUUCCUACAAACUUUGUAUAAAAGUAGAACCUAUUAGGCAUCAACAACAUGACCUAGUCAGUGUCCCGCUACUUCUGUCCCCAGUGUCCCAAAUACUUUUUUCAUUGUUCAUUGGUUUAUUCCUAUAUACCACUUUUUAAAAAAAUGAUAUUUAUUAAGAAUUUUAAGGUUACAAAGAAAUAAAAAGGAAAAACCAAGGGGGAAAAAAGGAAAGAAAAAAGUAGAUAAAAGUAACAAUUAAACAAUACAAAUCAAUAAAAACCAAAGUCAAAAAGAAAAAACAAAACACACAAUACAUCAAAAGCAAAAAGCAAAAAUAAUCAAAAAUUUAAACACAAAUCCAAUAUUCCCAGAUCCUUAACUGUCAUUACCUUAUUUCAUCGACCUCAUCGCACCUCCCUUUUUUUGUAUUCUAGUUAUUAAUUAUCUCAGCAAAUCCUUUCCAUCUUUCACAAUAUUCUGUCAUUAAAUUACCUUAAUCUAUUUUAACCUUAUCUUACCAUAAAAAGUCCUAAAACUUAAAACUUAAAUCUUAUUUAUACCAAAUUCUCUUAACCAUUACAUAUUCUUACAUAAUUCUUUUUAACAUUUCUGCUAAAGCCCAAUAAUUUCAUUCCAACAUUUUUCUAAUACUCAUUAAUUUUACAGUACUUUUCUAAAUGAAUUUUUAAAACUUUCUUCCAAUCUUCAUCCAUCGUCUCUUCUUCCUGGUCUCGGGUUUUGUCAGUCCUUUCUAUCCCAUCCAUCUAGUCCAUCAACCUGGUGACCUUAUGUCCGAGGCUCUUAAGUCUCUUCCAUGUCCCUUCCGCAGGUCUUCUUCAUAUUUAUACCUGUACUUUACUUUGUCUUCUGCUCCUUUCACUCGGGGAGACUCCAGCUUGACAAUAUUUUUGUCCCUUCUCGACAAGUCAGCCCCUUUUCCAUAGUCAACACCGAAAUCCACGUGGUAUUUGAAGGCAUGUUUCAAGGCCCCUCCAAAAUUAAGGGCCCCCACAACUCCGAGCUCCCCCCAGCCCAAAGCCAGACUUGAAAAAUCAAAACAUCCAUGCAUAGGGGGGUCCAUCCAGCCCCCCAUCUCCAGGCUAAACAGAACUCCAUCUCUCCAAAUCUGACUUUUUCCAGGUUCAUUCGUCAAAUCCAACAACUCAUGUUCCUGCUGGGCCACAGCUCCCUCCAUCUCUGCCACCCGGGAUCCAGCAACAGCCUCCUCCUUCAUCUCAUCUGUCAAAGCACAUUCCUGGAUUAAUUCCUCAGUGGGUUCUAUAUAGGUACCCACUGUCUGUCCAAAAUUUCCGAUCGCAACAGUCAUCAAAUCCAUCUUCUCAUGUAACUGUUCCAAUAAAGCACUUGUCUUGCAAAAGGCAAGCACCAGAGCCUCCGAGUACAUUCUUCUUCAAGGUCGAAGUCUGGUCCCACAAUCUUAAUCUAUUACAGCUGCAAAGCUCCCCAGUUCGGUUUUAAUAACAGUUUCACAAGCUCCCUCUAGGGGAAACAAUUUCUUUUUGUAUCCAUCCUUUUUUUUUUUUUAAAGCAGAUCUAGCAACAAAGUUUUCCUUUUUCAGAUAUUUUGUCAAUAUUUUAUUCCUUUUAAAUGUGAAGGGGAACAAUGGAAUCAAUAUAUUUCUCUUCUUUUAACUAACUGUCAAAAACGUUUGUCCAAAGUCAAUGAACUUCCCCAGAACGUCUGUCCUGACACCCCGCUCCCAGGUUCAAGACGGUGGAAAAUUGCCUUUCUUUACUCUAUCUUCUGCAGGUUUAAACAGUCUAAAAAAGGUUCCCCCCUCUUCUCCUGCUUCCAAGGGGGGUUCAGUAAUUUUAAAUGAUGAAAUUUUGGUCCUUUACAGACGACUUUCUAAACUCUAGCUUGCCGUGUCUUUGCUUCAAUCUAUCUACAAAAAGCGGAAGGCGGACUUCCUGUUUAGACCUUCCCGCUUUUGGUGCCUAAUUAAGAAAUUUUCACAGUCCAAUUUUCCAUUCUACUCACGGGCAGUUGUUUGAAAUUCAGUUGUCCACAGGAAAAAGUCAGCGCUCUCCGGCAACAGCAAUGCGGCUUCACUCCGUGAAAGAAGCAGUCGAUUCAAAGCACCGCGCCACUCACCCCACGUCGCUCCGGAUCCCCAAAACAGGGUUUCCCCACGAGUGGAGGGAGCGCAAAGGUGCCAGCCGAAUCCCACGUCCACAGGCUUCUCCCGCCUGUGGUUUUUGAUGGGUCUCCGCCUCGCCGUGGCGGUUCAGACCCUGUUUUCCACGGAGCGGAUUCCUCCCGAUCGGAGGAAAUCCGCCAUUGCCAGAGGCGCCAACCCGGAAGUCCCUAUAUACCACUUUUUGGCCAAAGGCCCCUGAUCAAUCAGCAUCUCACAUCUAUUAGACCACUUCCUGUUCUUAUUCAGUUCUAGGUCUCAUACCAUAGGGCAAGGCUGGAGAGCCUCAGUUCCAUGCAGCCCUCUAGGUCUCUUUCUGGCCCUUGAAGGCUACACCGCUCCCUGGCCCUGCUUCAUAUCCCCCCCCUUUUUUUUUGAAUGAUUGAAAUGUGUCCUUGCACUUUGAUAAUGUUUCUUGCUUUCCUGUAAUUAGCUUAUGGUACAUAAGUACAAUUUGUAUUUGUUGCUCUGCCAGUGUUUGCCUUUGGUCCCACCCACCACUGGCACGUGGCCCUCAGAAGUUUGUCCAGAGAGAAAUGUGGCCCUUGGGCUGAAACCCCCCUCCCGCUUAUACAUGAUGCUGCUAUCUUUUCUUCUGGGGUUCUGUUGUUGAAAGAGCGCCAGAAGAGAAUAAAUGUUUCCACCUAGAGUUUCCUGGGCUUCUGUAAAAGAGCAAGAACAAGAAACUGUGCUUAUGAAGAGACAAUUAGUGUUGUAUUGGGGGAGGGGGUUGUGUGACCUUCCAUUAUAUAUUUGGAGGAAGCCCUCUUUGUGAGGGAAGCCCUCACAAAAUUCCUAACCAGAUGUGUGGGUUGUGCACAGAAGCUGUGGGACGGUCAGAAAAGUGUUAAAUUAGAACACGAACUCCCACCUCCUAAACUUGUUCAAAGCAAAGUGAGAAUUGAAAAAGAGGCUGUAUUUUCCUUGUUUCCUUAAACUUCUAAAGAACUUCAUCUUAUGAAUCCUAGUUUAGCUAUCCCUUCAGCACACAUAUCCAAUAUGUGGCCCAUGUUAAAUUAAAAUUUUAAAAUAAAAUAAAUAAAUGCUGGUGGUGGUGAUUCAAAGUGUUUUCACCCUGCUCUUCAGUUGGAAAAGCCCACAAAGCAACUUAAAAAUUAAUAAAAUAACACAUUAUUUGCCCCUAUGAUUACAAAGACGUAGCAUGAAAGCAAAAAAGGAUUUUGGGAGGGAAGAGCCAAACAAGAGGCACCAAAUUCUUGAUGUUAGGUUCUUAAUAUGACCAUGUCCUUGUCUUCCCUGGCAGUGUGAUAGCUGCUGGGAACUUGAUCUAUUUGGACACUGCUCUACAUGGUUAGUCAUCUGUGUGAAUGUGCCCAUUUGGUUUGGACAAGCUUUACACACAGCAGGGGACUCUCCCCUAAAGCACAGGUGUUAAAAUCAAAGUUGUUUUAAAAGGUAGGUGCUCCUGUAGUGUGAUCUUACGUGUGCUGGCUCCUGAGCAUCUCCCACUAAGUUCAACAAGAUUCAUUCUGUAGUAAAUCUUCUUAGGAUUGUAACAUUUUUUUUUUCCAAAAAUGAAAUUGAUAUGGAUGUUAAAAUGAGUGCAAUGCUGCAGCGUUCUUUCUGAAAUUACUAAAUUUUCAGAUCUAGAAAGAAAUGAAGGUGGGUUCAGGUGUUCUAUCGUGCCCUGGAAAGAGUGCUUUAGUUCAUACAGCUGGUUGUGUUUGCUCCCCAGGUACUCAUGGUGUAGCAAGCGACUGUUAGAGGAACGGUACACCUGGUCCAGCCAGUUGACUCUGUCAGAUCUCAUCCCUCUGGAAACGAGCAGCAGCCUUGCCAAGCAGGAUUGGCAAGAGAGGCUGGUAGUGGGUCACAAUGUCUCUUUUGACCGUGCACACAUCAAAGAACAGUACCUGAUUCAGGUAAGUCAUCUUUGUCUUCCAAUCUUUUCUUGUAUGCAAGCUGUUAUUGGUGGCUGAAGGCUAGAUGUUUGUGGUAACAUGUAUCAGUUCAGUUGCUAUCAUAGCCAUGAGCCAUAACUUAGAAAAUUGCACAACAAACAAGAUACAAAUAAAUACUUGUAGAAAUGAAGUUUAGCAGAUCAAAUAGCAGAUCUGUAUUGAAGCAAAAUUUUCCCCGCAGCAGAUAGCUAGGUGUUUAUUUUAUUACAAAGUCCUUGUGAAUCUUUGAUGCUGCAGUUGCAAACAAAGCAGCUGUCCUUGUUGGUUGUUUGUCCAAUGAUAGAGCUACGUGUUAUGCUAUUGCCUUGUAUUUUUAAAACCCAGCCAUUGCUUCUCUGCAAACUGCUGUCAGGAGGGUACUAUUUGCAAGGGGAAAUCCAUACAUGAGGAGGAGGGGUGAUUUUUUUAAAAAAAUAAUUUUUAUUAACAGGCCAAUCAAAUCACAUUAAUUCCAAAUCACAUUAGUUCCUAAUUAUACAGCCAAAUUUUUAAAAUUUUGUUGGGGAUACCCAUACUUCGAGCUCCGAAAGGGAUCCAAACAUCACUCUUGCUGCUGCUUUAAUUACACAGUUCUGUCCAGAUAGUCUCUUUGUUAUUUUCCUCAUCAUCUUGUUGUUAUCAUAUAUUCCUUUCUUUGUGAUCUCUGAUAAUCUUCACAAGCGGGUUGAAAACAAACAUAUCCUGUGUGGAUUUUACUCUCUCCAAGAGCCAUAUCACAUAAAGGACAGACGCCAUUUCCACACCUCAGUACAGAACAUUCCCACAGUCUGUCCGUUGAUUUCCACAGGCCUGCCAGUCUGUCAUCAAUUUUCUCAGGGGGCCCUGCCAGGUCGAAUUCACAUUCCGAUAACCAUACAUUCAGAUUCCGAUGACCAUGGUCCGAGGAGGAGGGGUGAUUAAUGCUUCAUUCACCUGCCGCUUUUCUCUCCAGCAAGGUUUCAAGCUCCUCUUUGGAUCAGAUGUAUGAGUCUGGAAUCCUAGCUGGAGAAAAAGUGGUUGUGAGAAGGAGCUGCAGGUGGAAAGAGGCAGAAGAGGGAAGGGUUAAGCACCACCCUUCCCCUCUGCUCCCCACUCUGAUGCUGUUUUGCAGGUGAGAAGCUGCAGUCAGAAUUUCAAAUCCUCAGGGUGGAGAUAGAAUGUAUAGUUUGGGUACGAGCCGUUUGGCUAGAAUUUCACCUGACAGCAGGGUAGUUAAAUUGUGAACUCUGAAUUUGAAUCUUGGCAUCACACCCUGCCUGUGAUCCCUUCCUGAGGUAUCUAUAUGGCUUCUGUUGGUAAGACCUGAUGCUGAACUUGACCCACAGUUGACCUGCUCCUGAACAUACAUCAUAGCAAGUUCUAUGUAAUACUCUUUUAUCCUCCAGGCUGCCUCACUAUUGUUGUUGCUUACUGGAUUUCCUACUUGCACUUCACCAUGAGGUCCCAAGGCAGGCUAUAACAAUAUAAAAAUAUACCUGUAACUUUAAAACUAGUUAAAAUAAUUUACAAUAGGAAGAAGAGGGUUGGCCUUCAUAGCAUAUAUCCUAGAUGUCGUAGGAUAAACCUAAAGAGGUGUCUUUAGCAUAUAACAAGGGCUAUACCAUGUUAUUUUUUGGCUUGCCAUGUAUGACUCUUGCAGUGUUUGUGACAUUAAAACAAAUAUUUCAGGGCUCCCAGAUGCGUUUCCUGGACACCAUGAGUAUGCACAUGGCCAUCUCCGGGCUAACAGGAUUCCAACGCAGCCUUUGGAUGGCAGCAAAACAUGGCAAGAGAAAAGGGCAGCAACAGGUGCAGCAGCAUAUCAAGAAAACACGGAGUAAAACUGAUGGCCCUGAGGUGAGUUGGAAAGGCACAGAGGAGUUGCAUGCUAAUCCCUCCUUUUAUUCACAAGGCCGCCCCAAUUUAUAUCUAUAGGGCUUGCAAAGCGGCAGCACUAGAUAAGAUUGUAAUGUACUCCAGCGUAUAUUGAACUGGAGAUGUUUUUUCCCCCCCAAAGAGCAGAAGGCAGUUUGGAAGAAGGAUUACUGCUUGUGGCUGGAUGCUAGCUCCUCUUUGGUCUCCGGUAAACAGAUUUUUAGGAUUUUAUAUUGUUUUGCAAACUAACAAAUCCCAUUUGUCUAGAGGUGACAGUGAAACAAAGAUAAAUGUGUAUGUACACAUUGAGAAGUAAAACUCCUUUCAAACCCAGUUUUAGUUUUUUUAAACUAUUUUUUUGUUUUGGGUGUCAGUCCUUUCUGGCUCUGCAUUCAGCAACCUUGAUCAAAUCAUACUUAUAUAUAACAUGGGAAUGAGAAUGUCUGGCCUUGUUGGAUUGUUGUGAGAAUGUAAUGAUGGUUGGAAAGCACUUUGCAGAACUAAAGUGCUAUCUGUAUUUCAUAUAUACAUCACACUUGAAUAACAGGUUUUUAAUAUUCUGUCCUAUGAGAGGAGUGGAGAAAGAGGUAGAUAGAGAUGUCAUUUUUAUACCUGAGGUUACAUUAGCUGGGACUGAACACUUUAUUUCUCUCUUCCAAAAUAACUAAUUGCCCUCCUUUCCUCAUAAUUGCAUGUCUUAAUGUGUACAAUUUUGUCUCUUACUAAAGUUGCAAAAUGCAGUUCCACCACCAUGGGGUUUUUAGUAGAAGACUGACAGAGAUCACCAUAGACAGUUGGGAGAAUUUUUUUUGGCAAAAGCAUUCUGAAUUGGUAGUAGAGGGGAGAAGUGCAGAACCAGCAUGGAGGAGAUUGGCAACAUCCUAGAUGUGAGAAAAGUUUUGUUAAGUAAUAUGGACUUCUGUUGCCUCUUGCAUUGUCAUUGUUUCAUAGGCAAUCCUCCGAUAAAGGCCUUCCAAACUAUAGCUAUAUUUCUGUAUGGAUGCCACAGUAAGUCUGAUCUACAGAUACAUCAGAAUGAGGUGGUGGAGGGCUGAGAUGGUAUAAUAGAUGGCUUUACUUUAGACAGAGUGAUCAUAUUUUUAAAUAGUCACAUAUAUUUUUAAUAAAUACAUAAAUAGAAAACAGACAUGGUUAACAAAGUACUAGGAUAGAACCUUUCUCGCUACUGUGCUAUUUUUCUCUUGGCAGGAAGGAUUUUUUCUUAUGUACAGUAGAGGAUCAUUCAAAACUGGAAUUACCAUAUUUUUUGCUCUAUAAGACUCACUUUUUCCCUCCUAAAAAGUAAGGGAAAUGUGUGUGCGUCUUAUGGAGCGAAUGCAGGCUGCGCAGCUAUCCCAGAAGCCAGAACAGCAAGAGGGAUUGCUGCUUUCACUGCGCAGCGAUCCCUCUUGCUGUUCUGGCUUCUGAGAUUCAGAAUUUUUUCUUUCUUUUCCUCCUCCAAAAACUAGGUGCGUCUUGUGGUCUGGUGCGUCUUAUAGAGCGAAAAAUGCAGUAUUUGUCUGCAGUAAUGCAGUUCAAGAUUCCAUCUCAACUUUCUGCCACCUCAUUCACAUGUGUAGACAAGGUCUCAUAGGACUUGCCAUUCUUGUAAAGAUCCUGGACCGUGUAGAUGUUCUGUUUCAUUCUGAGGGUUAGAACUAAUCAUAAUGGAAGUCUUGUUUCUAUAGAUUGAGGACCCAAUCUGAUGGUUUCUUAAAUGUUUUUAAAUGCUUUCCAUCCAAAAGUAGGCAUUUUGGGGGUUUGUGGACUAGUUAGCCAUUACUCUGCUGCCUUACUACCUUGCAGGUUGCCUCCUGGGACUGGGUGAACAUUAGUAGCAUCAACAAUCUAGUAGAUGUGCAUGCCUUAUAUGUUGGAGGCCAGCCACUGGAGAAAGAAGCCCGGGAACUCUUUGUCAAAGGGAGCAUGAAUGACAUCAGGAAUAACUUCCAGGUAGGGAGAUAAUCUAUGGGAUGGUACUUUUUAAGGGAAGGAAUCAGGAGACCACUGCUCAGUUGUAGAGCAUAUUCUUUGCAUGUAGAAUGUUCCAUGUUUAAAGUCUGGCAUCUAUAGUGUGAAGGAAAGGGUCUUGGUAUACCUGGGAAAGAUGUAUGAUUUCAGUCUGGAGCGCUUUUGCCAGUCAGAGGAGAAUACUAGGAUAGACUGACCAAUGGUGUGACUUAGUAAUAUGUGGCUUUUGAUACAGGUGUACAUAAUUUAUUCUCCCAUUCCCUCUAUUCUCUCUGUCUCCCUUCCAAGGACCUGAUGAGAUAUUGUGCCCUUGAUGUCCAGGCUACUUAUGAAGUAUUCCAGGAGCAGCUUCCUCUCUUCUUGGAAAGGUGAGUAUUUGUGGUGGGAGGUUCUGAAAUGUGGAAUUCUUUUUUAUGGUCUGUCCAUUUAUGAGAUAGCUUGCUCUGGGUUAGCCAAUAGUGUUAGGUUGCCUUUGUAUGUCAGAAGCAUCUUAGGGACAAGAUGGUGUUAGAUUAUCAAUAAACCACUUUACACUUUAUCUUGCUAGGGAUUCUGGUCUCACCUUUCUUUAGAUACAGAUAAAACUUGCAAGGUUCAGCGUGGUGGUAAAGUAUCAGUACAAAUCAACCAGUGUUACAAUUUUGCGAGAAAGAAACAAGAAGCAGUAUCUCCCCAAGCAUCUUAACUCUUCAGAAGUGGUACAAGUGCAUAUACAAAAUUUCUCAGUGAAAGAAACACAGAUAAUAGUUAACCAGAAUUUACAAUGCACGUUGGAAAACUGAGCCAAAUAAUUCUGUGAGUUACAUCAAACAAUGUACAGUGGUACCUCAGGUUAAGAAUUUAAUUUGUUCUGGAGAUCCGUUCUUAACCUGAAACUGUUCUUAACCUGAGGUAGCACUUUAGCUAAUGGGGCCUUCCGCUGCCGCCACACCGCCGCCGUGCGAUUUCCGUUCUCAUCCUGAAGCAAAGUUCUUAACCCGAGGUACUAUUUCUGGGUUAGCGGAGUCUGUAACCUGAAGUGUCUAUAACCCGAGGUACCACUGUACUAGAUUGUCAUAUUAAAUAAAACAUCUGUUGUGAUGGGCAGAGAGAAUGUGAGGGGAAAGCUUGUACAAUACAAAAACCUUGGGGGUGGGAGUAGGCACAAAAUGUUUUGUCUCUUGUGGAAUCUCAUUCCGCCAGGUGGGAGGAAUAGCCCUUGUGGACUGCCCAAUGUCAGGAGUAAAGAGUACACUUUUGACUUUGCUGUAAAAAAAAGAGUGCCCCAAUUCCAGAACUUAAUUGGCUUCAUUGGAAUUAAUGACAUCCAUGCACAUAUGAGAGAGAGUGAAGGGGUCCAUCUGUUACCCAGAUCAGUGCUCUCAGCUAUUGGACCUUGUUCCUAGCAAUGUGGCCUCAGCCUUUCAUCUACAUGGAUCCAUCCUUGGUUCUGUCCGUUGGUCAUGCAUAGUGUGACAGGCUCUUACGAUCUGCUUCCAUUGUAUGCUAAGGUCAACAGAAGUCUAGUUUACAUAGCUUAGUCCAGUUGCUCCCAACAUUCUGGCUCCACUCUGUUAUUACCCCCCUUUUCUGUUUCUUGGUUAGGUGUCCCCAUCCUGUCACAUUUGCAGGGAUGCUGGAAAUGGGAGUCUCCUACCUUCCUGUCAAUCAGAACUGGGAGAGGUACCUGGAUGAAGCUCAGGUCACUUAUGAAGAGCUGCAAAAGGAGAUGAAGAAAUCCUUGAUGAACCUAGCUGACAAUGCCUGCCAGCUGCUUCAUGAGGAAAGGUGGGGGUAUUAUCAUAAUCACUGUUACAGUGCACUGCUGCUUAAGCCAGAGCUUCAUAAUUGGUGAAGACCUGGUUCUCCAUUAAGCAGUGGCAGGAGAGAACACUAUGAAGCAGCAACAGAGCUGGAAGGAGGAUGCAUCACUCAACCCUCCCUCUGGUUGGGGUCCCAAUUGCAUGCUUGCUACAUCUCAGGGAAACUCAGCUGAGGAGGUAGACCAGGACAGAAGAUGAAAAGGGGAAAUGUGGAAGAUUUAGAAUGUACGCACAUCUGCCACAUCUCCCCCUCAUCUUUGCAGUUGGAGAACUGGGCUCUCAGACCACAGUUUCAGCUGACAUUUAGUUCUGGCAUUAAAAUCUGUAGUAUGCUUGGGGGUGGGGGUAGGGCAAUUCCCCUAAAAAAAGACUGCAAGGUUGAGAUAGAAUUGAGACUGCGGGUUUUGUGAAAUGCAAUACUGUUUCAUUAAGCAGACUACUACUUAGUAAAGGAAUUUGUUUGGCACAGUUUCAGCAGUGAGUGCUUCUAGAUAAACUGAGAAGUUGUUGCUAUGACAUGGUGGAGAAAAGCACCCUUUCAGCUCCUCUCCCUUGCUGUAAAUAAACAGGAGUUUGUAGACCAAGAUCUCACUGAUGGAAAUUGAAAAAAGUAUUCUUCAAAUUAACCUGUGGUGGUUGGUCUGAUGUAUCAAAACAGGUACAAAUGUGAUCCCUGGUUGUGGGAUCUAGAGUGGGAUCUCCAGGAAUUUAAGCAAAAGAAGAAGAAAAUUGGGAAGAAGAAGAAUGAAGAUAGUAAUGAUGAAUUGCCCAAAGCCGUGGAAAAAGCCUCCAUGCUAGAGUGGCAGGAAGGUAAGAGCAUCAUCAUAAUUGACUACUAGCUUGCUAGCACGCAGCUACUGUCUACUGGCAGUUGUAAUCUUUCUCUCCUAAAUCUUAAUCAGAGAGAGAGAGAAAGAAUAUACCUUAGAUGGAAUGAGAUCUUUUGUCUAUCUGGUUUAGCAUUGUCUGUACGGAUUGGCAAUAGCUCUCUUGGGUUCUUUCCAGCCGACCUGGUGACGCUAGGGGUUGAACCUGUUACCUCUUGGAUCCAAAGCAUGUAGUCUACCCUUGAUCCAGAUCCCUUCUGCUAAGCUGUCUUUGCAAUUGGGUAGGAGCAAGCAUCUUUUAAAAUCUUAUUUACGAGCCUGAAAUACGUACCUCAGCGUGUGUGUAUUGCAGGCAGAAUGUUUUGCAUCCAGCUCUCUAGUGAUUUCAAAGUACGAUAGUAUUACCAGAGAAUCUUAAAAAGUCCUGAGAUCCCAGAAGUGCUGUUUUAAAAAGGGUGUCUGUGGUGUUGCAUUUUUAUUUAUUUCUUAAUUACAGUCUUGGAGGAUAAAUAUGGAAUACACAGGUGUUUGGAGUGCAAUAUAGAGGCAGUGGAGGAACAUAAGAAGUAUGGAGUGUUACGGAGCUGACACAUUUCAGCAAGAAAACAUUUCUCUCCUGACCGUUAAAGUUACAUUUCUACUCUUCCCUAGGCUACUGUGCAUUAAACACUCAUGUAUUUGAAUUCCUCUUGGCCAUUAAGAGUUUUAGAAAUUUGCUAGCUGUCAAAUUCUGCAUUGGAUUAUAGGCUUUGCAGGCCACCAAAUAACUGUAUCCACGUAGAUUCUUAAGCCUUUUGAUGUAAUAUGUACUGUAGUUAUAAAACAGCCUUGUCAACAACUGUACUCAUUGAAAAAAUAAUUCCUUCCUGAUUUGUUGUAUCAUGGAAACAGAUCCGGGACCUCCAACUGAAGAGGAAGAACAGCAACUCCCUGAGAGCCGAUUGUGCUUGGACCGUCUGAAGGGGACUGUAGCUUUGCAGCCAAAGAGAAUUCAGCACCUGCCUGGCCAUCCAGGGUGCGUUACUAAAGGGAAGUUGUAGACAGUGACCUUCCUAGGACCUUUUGUUCAUCUCUUUGUCAGGAAGAAGGAUUCCAGUUUAGUCUUCUAAUAUGUUAGUUUUGUAUGUGCAUGGAUUUUUUUUAUAUGGAGCAUUUGCCCACGAGAGCCUCCACCUGUUAUCAAAAGUGUGCAGCUUAGACAUAGAUUUACCCACGUUCCUGAGAAGUAGACCUAUUUUACAGUUGGCAUUUAAAAAAGAGUAAAAUAAAUUGUUAACAUUCCUAUCAUGCUGAGUGGAUGUUUUUUGUCUAAAAGUUAGAACAGUUUGAUUUACAAGACGAUUGGUCAAACAACCACUUAUUUGUCUGAAUUAUUCCGUUUGCUGUGAACAUACAGAAUUCCGUUGGCAAGGUCACAGGCCUAUGUAGUAUAGUGAAGAUUACGGGUGGCUAACUUACAACCCAUAUCCAACCCUCACAAAAGUGUUUUAUGAUCCCCAAGUCUUCCCAAAUUCAGCCUCUUUUAAAAAUGAUUAAAUUUAAUAAUGAAUGAUGAAUAAUUAUUUUCAGUAGUGUAGAAUGGCUGGUGGGAAAGUCUCAGAAGGCAGCUUUUUGAAUGGGAGCUCUGGUCACACCCACUUUUUACACUGGCCACACCCAGUUUCACACGUAACCCCUCCCCCCAAGGGUUGGCCAUAAGCCAGUGCAGCCCUCAGCCUGAAAAAAGUUUACUACUGCUGCUAACGAAGCAUAGCAUUGUAGAAUGGAAGCCCCCCCCUAUAAUUAAUUUCCUGCAAUGAGACAUGCUUCUAUGUAUUCAAAUUGAGUCAGUGCCGUUCAGAUUAUAAUGUAUUGAGAAGAGAGUCAGCAACCAGAGUCUCCCAUUAGCAGCUCGAUUGGAAAAGUUCUCUACUUUAAAAAAGGAGCAGGCCACCUGGAAGCAUCAGUGACAGAGGAGGUAGCUUUUGUUAAACUGUGUAAAAUCAACUCUGACAGGAGAUGUAAUUAUUAUUUAAUGAUUUCCAUACAGCUCCUUGGUGAAGGCCUUUGAGCAAUUUGGUAUAAAAUUUAAUCUGAACAACCAAUUAUCUGACAUUAUUGAGGAAAGCUUUUUGUUGACUUUGUGGUCUACUCUCCCCUUGCAUAGGUGGUAUCGUAAGCUGUGCCAGAGACUGGAUGAUCCCAGCUGGGUGCCUGGGCCCAGCCUUAUCAGCCUUCAGAUGAGAGUGACCCCAAAGCUCAUGAGGCUCACCUGGGAUGGCUUUCCAUUGCACUACUCUGAGAAAUACGGCUGGGGUUACCUGGUGCCAGGGAGGAGUGACAACCUGCCAGAGGGGACUCCAGAUGCUGACUUGCCUACUUGCCCCUUCAGGUAAGAAGUGCAUUCUGGGGUGAAGAGAGCAACAAAGCUGCCAUGGUCUAUAAUUGUUGCUAGUAAUAAUAUUGUUUGAUGCAGUGCAAUCAGUGUAUGCAUUGCAUCAUACAGUCGCACAAAAAAGAGAGGUUCUUACCCUGAGGAGCUUAUAGUUUAAAAUUGCUGAGUUUGCAGUGGAAGGCAGCAAAAGAAGAGGUAGGACACAAAGGUAACAAAAGAGGGGAGAAUUGUUGAUUAUGCUUAGUGAAUAAAGCACUACUGGGUCUUUGCCCCCCAGAGCUAUACUUGGAACCCAAAAGAGGGGAGCAUUGUGAGAGGCAAGUUUUUAAAAAAGGAUGAAGGUGAGCAAAUGCAGUUGCACGCAUGGUUCUCCAGGAGAUUCACCUCCUUUCGUAGCCCAUUUGUUGUACCCUGCAGGUGUGAUGAUUUUAAUCUGCUUCCGACCUAAGCAGUUGCCUCCAAAGACAAGCAGAGAAAGUGCUCUCAGCAGGAGAGAGCUUCAUUUAUUCACUUUGGUACCUUUCAGGGACCGUCCAGGUGGAUUUUUAGGGUGUGUUCUGCAACAUAUAUUUAUGCAGUAGUUGUGGAUUUAUACUGGAUUGUCCACACAUCACUCCAUUUUAUUCAUUGUUCUGUGAUGCUUUCCAGUUCAAAGAAAGGGGGUGGGAAGAGUUCAGUUUUGAAAUCAGUGGCUAAAAUCAGUGCAAAAGGUUCAGUCUGCCAUCUUGAUUCAAAAUGACAUCCAGUUGUCUCCUGAAAUAGAUGAAAACAUACUCUUUGAUCUCAGGAGCUGUAAUGCAAAAUUUGCUUUUUUGAGCAGGCCCAAGGUAGAUGGUACUUCCUCAGGCUGCCUACAGCUGUGUCCCAUUCAGCUGCACUCAGCACACGCAAUUCUGGGUAUAGCAGAUUUGUUGAGCUUCCCAGGGGGUCCAAGAGAUGGGUAUAGGGGCCCCCACCACACACAGCUCUUUCUUCUUCCUCCUUUCCUCCUUGUCUUCUUUCAGCCCCACAGUGAAUUGCAGUGAGACGUAAGGAAUGUUCCCUAGCCCUGGAGAAUGACAUGUAAGAGCUAGGCCUUGUAAACCAGGGGUGGGGAACUUCAGGACUGGGGGACCAAAUUCCAGGCCUCUGUCUGGCCCUCCAGGCCACUCCAUCCUCCAGUUGUUUUGCUUGAGUGGAAUUUGUUCAUGAAUGGCAAUAGUGCCUCUUGCUUGUCUGGGUGUAGAAAUGUCGGCAUAGGAGCAUCUCACUUCUGUAUGGCUGAACUAUAGCCAAUUGCAAAAAGGAAAGCUAUUUUUAGGUCUGAUAUUUGCAAAUGAGUAAAGGUGUGAAGUGCUCAACAUCCUUCAAUGAAAAACUACUUUCAUUAAAGUGAGCAGGCCCAGUGCACCAAUCUCCUUGUCAGGUAACAUUCUUAUGGCAAAGUUUAGCAUUGCUUUGCAAAUGGGAUCAAGAAACAGGAUAAUUUGCUGAAUUCAGUGAAAGCAAAACUACUUUCCCCUUAACUGUAGGGUUAUUGAGCAUCUGUACCGGGAACACUGCAAGGAGAAAGGCAAAGAGCAACCUAUCUCACUGGACACCACGCUGGAAGAAGAGCUCAUGUUAACAGAAAAUAGCGCUUUCUGGCAUAAGGUACAAAUUGUGUGUCUCACAGCUGUGAUACAUGAUCAGUAGAAUUAUGUGGCGCAGUUCUUGCUAAACUGUACAAUUUCAGGUAGCUGGUAAAGGCAUUGCAUAAGUGAUUUUUCUCCAUAUUAAAAAGAAAACUCACCGGAUAAAGAAAGCUAGCAUGUCAAGGAUGAAGCUAAGCUAGGUUUCUACAUGCGAAGAGUUUUUGUUUUCCUCACUUGGGAAAGACCUUGGUCAGAUGGGGAUCAGGAAAAUGAGUAGAUGUGGGAGGGGAGAAUGAGCUUAGCUAUUAAAGAGAUCUCUUUCCCUCAUGCCAGGUUGAAGAGCUCAGCCGUGCGGAGAUGGAGAUGGAUUCAGAUCCUGUAACCAAGCAAUUUAGUGAGGUAAUGGUAUACCCCCUCGAGAGAAAAACAGUAAUUGAGGGAAAAUCGGUACUCAUGUAUUGCCUAAACCGGUGUGCUUUGAGUAGUGGAUCUUGAGACUGCUGGGCGAAAGCCUGAAUGAGGGGCUCGUCUGAUUGGGGAGGUAGUAGGAAGAGCGUUCCCCAAUGCCCCAAACCCUUUGUCUACUCCAGCAACCCUGAUGUUAGGUAUAAUGGGAGGGGAGGAACCAUAGCAAAUCGGUGGCAUCAAGCAUUGCAGAAUUUUGAAAGCAGCAUCAAGAGUUCCUAGAAAGAUUGAGAGGGAUUUAUUUCCACAACUUUUUGGUGACUGUUCCUUUUAAAUAUGACAGAGGUGGUUGAGACCUUUCUGGCAUGGAUGGUAAAAACAUCAUUCAGAUAUCUAAUCAAGAAUGCUUCUCUAAAACUUUUUGCUUUGCCUUUAUGAGGUGGGGCAUUCCUACAUCUUGAGUUGUCUAUUUUGUUUUCUUGUACAUCCUUGUACAUUCAGGUCCAACUAACCCUGCAUUGGUUUGCCAACAGGAUGAGCUGGACCAUUCAAAGAGUCAUCCUGAUUAUCACCAUGGCAAUGGUCCUUACAAUGAGGUCAAUAUCCCUGGGUGCUGGUUUUUCAGGCUACCUCACAAGGUGAGCAGGAAUUUCUUGUAUAUAGAAAUAAAUUGAUAAUUUUCUCAAGUUCAGUUAAUUGAACUUUAAAACCAGAAACUCAUUAAAGUAUAUAUGCAAUAAAGUGUCUGUGAUAUAUGGAGGAUGUUAAACACCAGACAGGGAAUAUUCCCCCACCCCCUUGAGUAUACACUAAUUUUUUACCACUUGAUUAUUUUUCUUUUUUCUAAUAUCCUUGUGGUGGUGGUGGGGGAAUAAGAGUGUAGUUAUGGUUUUAUAGACCUCUCAAAGCUAUGCACCUUUGCCACUGAAAUGAAGCCUCUUAUUAAAUUCUUUUGGAAAUGUAAUAUUUCUUUCCUGAAUAGAACAAAGUAUGUGCAAGAGGUGCCAAGUAUUCAAAUCAGCCUGGAAAAUGCAGUUUGUGAUCUAGAAGUCUUUAUCCCUAUUGCCAGAUGUUCUGAGUGGUGUUAAGGAUUGUUCCUUGGGAAAGGAAAUGCAUCCUACCCAUGCUCCAAGGCAUUGCUUCUUUAACAUUUCACAAGUGUUAAGGAGGUCAUAAUCCAGUUAUCGGAGUUGCUGCUGGUCAGAAUAGAAGCUGCUGGACUGGACCGUUAAGGGUUUCUGUAAGGCAGCUUCAUAUGUAGUAGGGAGGAGGGUUUUAUGCUGGCUAAUCCCGUUUUAUAACCGAUACCUUAAGCUAAAGCAAACUUCCAUCUCCUGCUGUUAAAAGGAUGGGAAUGAAAACAACGUUGGAAGCCCAUUUGCUAAGGAUUUCUUGCCCAAAAUGGAGGAUGGCACCCUGAAAGCUGGCAUAGGGGCCACAGAAGGGACACAAGCUCUUGAAAUCAACAAGAAGAUCUCCUUUUGGAGAAAUGCUCACAAAAGAAUCAGGUGAGGGGUGACUUCCUUUGAAUUAAAUUACCAGUCUGCAGAACUGCAGGACACUUUAAUCCCCGCUCCCAUGCUGUAUGGUGAUAAUUCAAGUUCUUCUUUCAGUACCAAGGUAAAUGUGCUUCUUGUGUCAUGAACCAUUCAGUUUGUAUACUUUACUCCAACCUUUAAAUUUUAAUCUUUGCAACAAGAGAGGAGUCCCUCCCCUGAGUCAUCUUCAAUUUGCUAAGUGCUAUGGGGAGGUAGGUUUUUGGGGUGUGUGUGCUUGGUAUAGUUCAGUCUUAUUACUGGGCUUGUUGAGCCCUGGAUAAAACGCUAGCUCAGCUCAAUUCUUCCUUUUAUGGCCUGCUAAGGGCUUGAGACUUGGUGUGGUCAGGCAAGGAGACAAGGACCAAUGCAAGACAUUAGUUCUUUAGCUUCUGCUGUUUGCUUUCUGAAGUUUGUUUCCCUUUUGUUUUGUCAGUUCCCAGAUGGUGGUGUGGUUGAAGAAAGGGGAGCUGCCUCGAUCUGUGACCAGGUACACAUACAGAGAUGUCAUUUUUUUCCUUUUAUUUCAGCCAAAUUUAGUUACCAAAGUGACUUACAACAACAACAACAAACAACACAAUAUAAUUUGGGAUGCGUUCACAAGUCUCUUCUGAUCUCUAGAAGUAGGUGGUGUGUCUAGGUUCCAAACUUCUGUUUUUCUGCUCUUUCUUCAAAGAUCUUCAGUCUUACAAAUCAGACUAGCAAGUUGCAAAGCUGGCUGCUCUCAGAAGCAGCGUUUUUGUUGAUUUCUGUUGUACUACCUCUCAGUUUUCCCUGUUCCUCCCUUUUCCAGCUCCUGCGGAAAAAUAGCAGCCCUGUUUUGCUAUCUGAUCUGUAUCACCUCCAGCUUUUGCUGCCUGUUGGUGGAGAAUCUUUUGAGCUCUCAGCAGACAGUUUCUGCACAUUCAGGCUGCUCUCCCCUGGCAAGUGUAAUGUGUAGCCAUGCUGUAAAUUAUCUGGACUGUGAAAGUAAAAGGAUUCUGUUUUGGGAGAGCAGCUGAUAUUCAAAGAAUCAUAGAAUGGUAGGGUUGGAAGGGACCACAAGGGCAAUCUAGUCCAGCCUCCUGAAAUACAGGAACCACAGUUAAAGAAUCCCUGACAGAUUGCCAUCCAUGUUUUUGCUAUUGGGCGUGGGAGGGGGGCUUUAUCCCAGAUACUGGAGUAAUUGCAGGAUACAUUUCUACUUCUGGCUCACAAAGGACUUGCCUGCUGAGUCUGGUUUAUUUAACCAGAUUUGCAUGCCACUUAUUCCAUAAGUCUGGAUGGGCUAGUAGUAUGACUUGGAAUAAGUUCUGCGUUCUCUCAAGAAUCUCCACCAGGUUAUUGGGUUUCAAGCAAAUGUCAGAGAUGUAUAUUACCUGAAGAGUAACAGCCAGUUAAGAGUGAUGAAUGUUCAUGAACAGCUGCUUAGCAGCUACUCCAGCAAAAUCUUUUAGAACCCUUCACCUCUGUAGGAUGUGUCGGUUUACCUGCAGUCUUAUCUGUUCCUGUCAAGUAGCUUGAUCACUAGCAAAGCUGGCUUCCUCAUGUUAUAUGAAAUGGGCUCGCCCUGAUGUUUCUGUAGGCACCCAGACUAUGACGAGGAGAAUAGCUAUGGAGCCAUCCUGCCACAGGUGGUAACUGCCGGGACAAUAACUCGUCGAGCUGUGGAGCCCACCUGGUUGACAGCCAGUAAUGCCAGAGUAUGUAUGGAUUUUCUAAUGCUUUUUAUGCUUACUGAGAGAGAGAAACUGAAAUACAGUUGCCCAAAGAUAUGUCCAUCCUGCUUUUCUUGUCCAUAAUGAGAAUUCCGGUCUAUAAGAAAUAGACACCUUUGGCUAAUUUACAGGAAUAGAGAAGCCAUUCUGGCAAACAUAAUUUAUCGGUUCGUUUAUUCAUUACUACAAAGUCCAAUUAGUUCAUUAGCUAUUUCGAUUUUUGGAGCAUUGAUUUCCAAUUACGAGCUCGGGCUAUCACUGCUGUAACUAGAAGAUUCUGUAAUAAUAUAUCCAUGAGCAGGAGAGUGCUGUUGCACUCUGGGCCUGCUUAGCCACUGUGUGAACACAGUGAUGGACUAGGUGGGUCUUUGGUUUGAUCUAGCAGGAAUCUUAUGUUCUCUGUGUCUUGCAGACUGACAGGGUGGGCAGUGAGUUGAAAGCUAUGGUCCAGGCCCCUUCUGGCUACCAUCUGGUUGGAGCUGAUGUGGAUUCCCAGGAACUUUGGAUAGCAGCUGUCUUGGGAGAAGCUCAUUUUGCUGGCAUGCAUGGUGAGCGUUUCCACUCACAACGGCCCUUCCCUGUCUGUUCCUUCAGCAGCUGAUAGUCAGGGGUAUACGAACUGCCUGGGAAUGUGAACGCUCUGUUUAGCUAUCAUAGCUAAUGCUGUGUUUUUGAAAUACAGUAUUUUACAGUACAGUCUGUAAACUACAUAUUAGAAAUUCCACUUUUUGCCUUCUUCAGACCAACAUAUCUCUUUAAAAUAAUUUAUAGGGGUCUAGAGACUACCAUAUAUUUGUGUCCUAAGCUCACUCAGCCAAGGAGGACAAAUGGCUGGCGGUUUAAUUCUUUAUUGACAAAAGCAGACACUUACAGAAGCUCCUAAGGUGCACAGAAUACACAUGCACACACACUUCUGGCAGCUACGUAGCUGGCAUUUUUUCCAAGCUUGUGCCCUGGCUGAACAGUUGGAGCAACAGUGGGGCAUCCCCCAGGGCUUAAGUACCCUUGUCCGACAGUGUGCAUUAUGGUAUCUAGGCAACCAUAAGGACUACAAACUUGUUUUUAAUUGACAUCUGAGGUUCUGAGCUCCAUUUUGUAUCCAGUGCCAUAUUUUGUUCCUGUACAGAAUUACGGAGAUACACCUGGCCCCAUUUCACUCCAAGGUCUCUUUUAUCACACCCUCUUCAAGACCACACUAACCCCUUCUUUCUCCACCAAAGGCAGCACGGCUUUUGGCUGGAUGACCCUUCAGGGGAAGAAGAGCAAUGCCACAGACUUGCACAGCAAGACGGCCUCCACAGUGGGGAUCAGCCGAGAACAUGCCAAAGUGUUCAACUAUGGGCGCAUCUAUGGGGCAGGGCAGCCCUUUGCAGAGCGCCUCCUCAUGCAGUUCAACCAUCGCCUGACACAGCAACAGGCCAGUGAAAAGGCUCGCCAGUUGUAUGUUGCUACAAAAGGGAUUCGGCGGUAAGAGCCCACCUCUGAUUGGAUAGUAUCAUGUUCAUGCUCUGUAGUAAUUUCUGCAACCUUGAUUUAAAAAAAACCUUUGAUUAAUUAAAACAACUCAUUGUAAUUGGGCAGUGUAUUUUUUAAACAACAAAAAAGUGAUUAAAAAUACUACUGCCUGCAGUUUUUAUAUCUGGAAAGAACCAUUCCGUCUCAUUGAGGGAAAUGGCUCUUCUCUGGUGGUGCCUUAGGGUAAGUCCAGUCUCAUUAGUAUUUCCCUUGUCUUUGAGAAUGUCAGUGAACAUAGCGAUGGUCAAGUAGACAUUGCAUACUUGGACUUUCAAACAGCUUUCGGUGCAGUAUGGGAUAAGAGGACAGGUCCUCUUGUGGAGCAGUCACUGGUUAAAGAAUAGGAAGCAGAGCUUGGAAAUGAAUGGACAGUUCUCAGAAUGGAGAGAUGUAGAAAGUGGAGUCCCCCCAAGAAUUGGUACUGGGACCUGCGCUUUUGUUCAUAAAUGAUCUGGAAUUAGAAGUAAGCAGUGGGGAGGCCAAGUUUGCUAAUGACAACAACUUUUUCAGGAUAAGAGGAUAUUGUGUGAGGAGAGUGGGGAUGUUUCUUUCCCAGAUCAUGUGACUUAGCUCUAAAAAGUUUACCCCCAAGGCUAUUUGCUCACUCUAAGUUCCUGUUUGGCUCCAACUUGAACUAUUGCCUGAACUGCCAUGCUGAAGGUCCUACUUAGUUUGGACUUUGGGGGUGUUUUGUGUUGGCAGUUUUGGGUCCCUCCCAACUCCUGUGGUUUCUUAUUCCAUUCUCCUCUUGCAGCUGCUAUCUGUCCGAGGAAGGGGAAUGGCUGGUGAAAGAGCUUGGCAUCCCCGUAGAAAGGGAAGAGGAUGGUUCUGUGUCCCUGGAAGAUGUGCGGAAGAUAAAGAGAGAAGCAGGGAAAUGGUAAGGUGUUUUCUACUGAAACGUUAUGCUUGAGCUAAGCCAGGGCUGUUGGCACUAAAGUAAAAUAAAACUUUUUUAAAAAUCAAAAUUCUGUGCCAUGGUCAUCUAAACUCCAUACCACAAAAAUCUACAGUGGUACCUCGGGUUAAGAACUUAAUUCAUUUUGGAGGUCUGUUCUUAACCUGAAACUGUUCUUAACCUGAAGCACCACUUUAGCUAAUGGGGCCUCCCGCUGCCGCUGCGUGAUUUCUGUUCUCAUCCUGAAGCAAAGUUCUUAACCAGAGGUACUAUUUCUGGGUUAGUGGAGUCUGUAACCUGAAGCGUCUGUUACCCGAGGUACCACUGUACAUGCUUCUGCUCCAUUUUACUCAGUUCCUUCUCCUGCUGGUCACAAAGGCAAAAGGUUAUGUGGGCCAAUGAAGCCUGGCCACUGGAAAAAUUAUUUAGCCAUCCUUGUGGCUUCUGAGUAUCACCAAGCACUCUUAGCCAAAGGGUAACAAAUGUGUUUUGGAAAAUGGAAAUCCUUGAGAAGCUGAAGCCUAUCCCUCCUAUCACCACAUAAUGUCCUCCCCGCCCCCCGUGGUGGGGUGGCAUAUGUGCUGUAGCCAUUCAGUCCUCCUUUGGAUUUCAGAAAAGUGUCUGGUGCUUUGCAGGUUUAUGUGAUACCAUAACACAACUGGGUUGUGAACAGCCAUGGCCUUUUCUCCAGAAGAUGAUGAACUUUUAGAGAUAAUUUUUGACGUUCUCUCUUACUAAAGGAGAGUAACCCAAAACAGAUUAUCUGUUCCCAUUCAUGGUCAAGGCACAGUUUCUGCAGAUUACCAUAUUUUUUGCUCUAUAAGACACACCAAGUUUUUGGAGGAGGAAAACAGGAAAAAAAAUAUUCAGAAUCCCAGAAGCCAGAACAGCAAGAGGAAUCUGGCUUCUGAGAUAGCCUCUUACCGUUCUGGCUUCUGGGAUAGCCAUGCAAAGCCUCUUCAGGGCAGAGGGAUGAAGGCUCCCCCAAGAGCCACGCUCCCUUUAAAGAGUGCAUGGAGCGUGUGUGCGGCUCUUGGGGGCUUUUCCCUGAGGAGGGAGAAGGGCAGCCCUUUUUCGGGGGGAAAGCCCCCAAGAGCCGCACACACGCUCCACGGGGCUCUUUAAAGGGAGCGCUGAGCAGAGCCUCCCGCCUGCAUUCGCUCCAUAAGACGCACACACAUUUCCCCUUACUUAUAGAGCGAAAAAUACGGUAGGCAAGCUUGAAGCAUCCAUAGGGAGGAGUCCCUCCCUCUGCCCCACCCCCUGCCUGCUAGAGACAAUGCAUUUAUCUGAGCAGCUUGAUCACUGGGCUUUAAUGCCUUGCUUUUGAUUAACUUGAUUUUUUCUUUCUCCACUCUAAGCACUUAGUGGUACAGGACCCAGGGUUUAUAUUUUGGGUGGUGGCUUUAAUUUGUGAGGCCUACAAGUAGAGACUGCUACAAAACUUCUGCAAUGUAGGUGGGAGAAAGAGAGAUGUCUAAUGGAGAAGAAAUAGGUGGGCUGGAGUUCCAGCUGCAUUUUCCAUGCUGCAGAGAAAAAUGUCAGGAAGCGGGUAGCUGGUGACGGAGUAAGCACAAUCCAUGCACCCUGGUACCUGCACCUUGACAAAUCCCUAAACAGAAGUCUGUUGCUGAAUGACUUGUUCAGCUCUUAUGUUCUUCAUAUUGCAGGUCUCGAAGGAAAAAGUGGGAUGUGGUGAACCGACGAGUGUGGGCCAGUGGGACAGAGUCUGAAAUGUUCAAUAAACUGGAAAGCAUUGCCAUGUCAGAAUCUCCUCGCACCCCUGUGCUGGGCUGCCACAUCAGCAGAGCAUUGGAGCCAGCUGCUGUCAAGGGCGAGGUGAGAGGGAACCCUCUUGACUCUGACCUCUUGACUCUGAAUUCCAGCCCUUGCUUCAUUACAGUGUGUUUUGGUGGCAGCAGUAAUUUGCCCAGCUUGCAUUGCGAGGGUUUUCACUGGAAAGGUGGUAUUAGGUGAAUGGGAAAGGAAAGAUGGAGGUAUCUAGCCAAUGACCAGCAACACGUAGGAACAGUAUUUCAUUUAAAUUCUCCAGCUGCCUGUAUGAAGCAGAGCAUGCAGCUAAAACUCUUGCUGUUGGGCGUUUUUCCAUGGUGUGCUUCAUGCCACACAGAGCACGCCAAUAUUCAUGUACAUGUGAUUGUCCAUGCUGAAGGCGGGGGGUGGGGUGCAUUCCUUUCCAGGUCUAUGAUUGUGGAGAAAGGCUGAGAAUGAUUCUGGCAGCCUUCCCAAGAAGAGCAAGAGCUGUAAUGCGGGAUUUCACUGCCUGCAGUGAGUAAAAAUCACCACUAGACAACCAGGCAGGGGAGAUCUACAAGGGUUAGUAAUUUAUUACAUAACAACAACAAAAAAGCAACACGUAUUUGCAGGAGGUUGGAUAGUAGAAAUUGUACACCUAGUAUUGUAAGUCUUAAAAGUUACAGUGGUACCUCUAGUUACGAACUUAAUUCGUUCCGGAGAUCCGUUCUUAACCUGAAACUGUUCUUAACCAGAGGCGUGCUUUCGCUAAUGGGGCCUCUUGCUGCUGCUGCGCCGCUGGCACACGAUUUCCGUUCUCAUCCUGGGGCAAAGUUCUCAACUCGAGGUAACUCUUCCAGAUUAGCGGAAUUUGUAACCUGAAGCGUUUAUAACCUGAGGUGUUUGUAACUCGAGGUACCACUGUAUUUGCAAGGUGGUUGUGCGUUUUGGUUAUCUGUAGGUAGCGUAGCAAGCUAUGCCGUGGAUUAAGUGUUUGCAACAAGUUGUCUUUUCCAUGCCAAGUGCUUUCAUUGUAUCUCUAUGAGCAGUGCAAGCUCCAAGCCACCUUAAAAAUGUGUUUGGCAAAUUCAUAUAUUGUGCAGUAAAGAUCAGGGCUCAAUAGUUUUCAGUGGUUGUGUACAUUGAUAUGCUGGUCAUGCCUUUCAAGAUGCAGGCAGCCAACAAGAAAAGCAAGAGGUUUACAAUAGAAAACAGUAUCUCUCUCUUCCAGUUUAUAACCAGCAGAAUAAACUGGGUGGUCCAGAGCUCGGCUGUAGAUUACCUGCACCUGAUGCUUGUGUCAAUGAAAUGGCUCCUUGAGGAGUUCAGCAUUGAUGGGCGGUUCUGUAUCAGCAUCCAUGACGAAGUGCGAUACCUGGUGCAAAGUGAGGAUCGCUACCGGGCAGCUCUCGCCCUGCAGAUCACGAACCUCCUUACACGGUAAGCACCAUUUUUGUCAUGGCAUUCCACAGGCCAAUGUUCAGGAUAUCUGUUCAGCUGGAAAAUAAGGGAUUGCCUGAGAGAUUUCUUAUAAUACUAGCCUAUCUUCCAUGGCUGAGAGCAAAUGUAUGAAGCACUUGGGAAAGCAACUACAUAGAGAAGGCAUAGUAUCAAAUUUGGGGUUGUGGGACUCUCCAAAUCCUUGCAAUAAAUACUUUCUCUGGGUUGAGUGAACGAGGUGUCCAUCUCCACCUGGGAGAUAUGAGGAACCACAUGACCAGCUUUUAUAGACUAUCCUCCACUGGUGUGUCACUCCUGUCCUUGCCUCAUGUUCCUGUGAGUUCUGGCUGGGGAAAAAGCGCUGACUGUCCGAGGCAUUAUGCCUCUGAGUAUCAGCUGCUGGCAAUCACAAGUAGAGAGAGCACUACUGCACUCAGAUGAGUUCGGGUUUGUUUGUUUGUCUUUAAAAAAGAAAAAUAAUUGUAAAAUCAUGUGAGGAUUUGGGCCUGUAGUUGAUGUGAUAACUGAAAGCUGACACCUUUCAGAAGAAUUUCCUAAAUUCUGUACUACUUGCAUUGCUUGUAUUUUCAGGUGCAUGUUUUCAUAUAAACUGGGUAUUCAAGAUCUGCCUCAGUCAGUGGCCUUCUUUAGUGCUGUGGACAUUGAUCGGUGCUUAAGGAAAGAGGUGACGAUGGAUUGUGUCACUCCAUCUAACCCAACAGGGAUGGAAAGAAGAUACAAUAUUCCUCAGGGUGAGUAUUGUGCCACUUUCUUAAUGCUAGAGAAGCUAGCACCUCCUUUUCUCACAGAAAUAUUAUCUGAAUCCUGUUGUGCUACUACUGAAUAAUAAAUAAUCUAUGUCUACUCAUUGGAAUAGCCAUAUAAACCAGGAGCGCCAUAUAUAUUGAUCCACUUUGCAUAUAACACUAAGCCAAACCAUGGUUCAGCACCAAUGAGUGAGUUCCUGGAAUGAAGAUCAUAGUUGCUGUCCUACUUCCCAGCAAAGGGUAGCUUGUCUCAUUAUGGAUGAACCAGUUUGUCUAGAGUGAGGCAAACCACAAGACUGGCUUCAGAUGCAAUGCGGGAAGCACAGCAGCAAGACUGGCAUGAGCACAACAGCCAUGAUCUGCACUAUGGGAACCCAUGACUGUUCAUUUGCACUAAGCCAUGGUUUUAUGUGCUAACUAGACCAUCCCCAGUGUAUGGUUUUGGCCAAAAACUUGUUGAACUGGAAGGCUUUAAAAGCACAUUUACAAGGCUUUGCUUGGAUCUCCUUUCUCCAGAAUUUGUCCUCGGAGUGAGUCCAGGAGCCAGGCUUGCACUUGCAUGUUCCCUUCGCCAUAGGAAGAAGAGUGACAAAAUAGAUCCCUAUCUGCUUCUGUAGCACUGGGGCUGCCACUCCUGCUUGUGUUGCUCUGCUACCCCUCUUGUUUACACAAGCACCAUCACUGUUGCAAGGCUCAUUUCCUUAAUGACAAGCAGCCCUCAUUCAGCCAGGCCACUCACUCAUUUGGAUCUCGGGCUUCCUUGUUUUGUGUGUGUGUGUGUGUGUGUGCACAUGCAAGCAGGCAUCGACAACACAGGGAACAUGGGAAGGCCUUCCUGGGCCACCUGCCUGCUCACUCACCUCACCUGCUGUUGUCAUGUUGUUUGUGUUGCUGCCACAAGAACUGAGUAUGAUAACACCUUACAUUGUUGUGCAUGUAGAAAAACAGCCCUAUUACCCAGCAGAAAACCUCACUCAAUUCACUGACACUUAUACUUGGGUAAGUAUGCACAGCAGCCUUAGUUUCCCACAGAAAGGAGAGAAUCCAUCUUCACAAUAACUGUGGGAUGUCCCAGUCAGUCUGUUUCUUUGCCCAAUGUAACAUUUUAUUAUGCUUUGAUACAUUUGCACAGGGAAGGCGUUCUGCAACAUCUGGCUUUCCCAUAUUGCUUGUUCUCACUCCAUCAGCUCUAGGCUUGUUAUCCAGCCACUGACUGGAAAUAGUGCAAAGGUACAGUGUAAAAAACAGAGUGCUUACAAACACUUCAAGAUGAAAUCUUGUCUCACAAGUAGUAAUUAUGCUCAGCACUUAACAUAAUCACUUUUUAAUUGGCAUGAAUUAAUGAGUGUUUAGACAACUUAUAACUAAAGCUUGUUAAUUAUUGAGCUGCAAUGGCAAUUUUGUUGCAACUAUGACAGCUUGAGAAGACACCACUGCAGGAGAAGGGUUCGUGUAUUUUAUUAAAUUAAGCUCUGGCAGGAAUGCUUUAAAGCAAAUCUUUUAGGGAAAAUGCAUUUUAGAAAAAUGGCAGUCAGUCCUAGAUUGGGGAAUAUUCUCCACCAUUCUCUUGUAAUAUCAGUAGUUUUGGAAUAAACAGUGUGUUGAUUACUUGUUCUAUUCCCUUCCCAGCUUGCUAGCUAUUUGAAGAUCAACAAGUAGAUCUCAAAGUGGUUUUCAGUAUCUGUUGUGUGGCUGGGGGGUGUAAACAUGACUUAUUUAAUUUCUUUCAGGUGAUGCUCUUGAUAUAUAUCAACUUCUCAAAAUAACCAAAGGGUCAUUGCAGAAACAAAAAUAGGGUGCAAGACUUCAACUGAUGGGAAACCUACCAGCUCAGUGGAUCCUCCCAGAAGCAGCUUAAGCAAGGAGACCUGCCCACUCCCUGUGAUUUGCGCUUUUUCACUGAGAAGAGGGAGAAGACUUCGGGGCUAUCAUUAAAACAGGCUACAGCUGCAAAGGUGAAUCACUGACAGAACAUCCAGACAGGGCCAGGAGGACAGAUUGCACUUUAACUGGGCUGUGCCAGGAUGGUUAUUCAGUAGCCUGUUGUGGUACAAGCAUUCAGAGAAUUGCAUGUCAUUCGUAUGGCAAGCAGAAACCUAAUUAAAGCCCAUCUUAAAAAUGAGACCUUCAUCUUUCUCCAUUAAUGCUUCGCAGGGCAAGCAGAACCAAGCUACAGUAGUCACUUGGGAAUGACCAAGGCAGCUCUUAUUUUUUACGUCGCCUCUUAGUUUUGGGUUCCUGGCUGGUGUUGGAUUGGGUAGAUGCAGUGCUCUAAAAGAGAUGAAAACAGGCUAUUAGUAAAUGCGCCAAAGGAGUCCUGAGUUACUGAAACACAAUUUUAAAACCUGCUGUUUAAAGCAAUUUUUACUCUGAAAAACACCUCUGAAAAUUAACUUCUGCUAGAAAAGUGUCAUGUUCUUCAUUUUUGUCAUCUCAUUAGCAUUCAUGUGUCUUCCUCACCCCCACAGAGGCUGCUGAGACUCAGUGGUGAAAUUGAGUAGUCAGGAUGAUGCAAAGGGAUAUUCCCCACACUUCAAAACAAGUUGCCAUUGUACAGAAAUGGGUAUUUACCAUUAGCAUACAACUGACUAAGCUUCAUAUGAAUUUCAUAGAAGGCACUUUGGAAGUACAGAUUUACAUUUAUAUUGGCAGAAAAUAGAUUGCAUCUUUUUAGAAUGUCUACUACUGACCUGGUCGUUGGCUGGCUCAUUCUCCCUAUCUUCAGCAUUUUGUUCCUGUAGAGCGUUCUCCAAAGUAGACACAUUGAUACGGAAGUCCCGGGAGGUGCUCAGUUUCAUAUAUUGCAUCAGGUUGACCUGCAGCAAGCAGCCCAAGGGGUAGUCAGAGUGAAAGCUUGCACCACCUAUAGGCAUAGCUUAUGAAAACUUAAAUGUAGAAGCAAAAAAAACCCAAGUUUAUCCACAACUUUUCAUCACAAGUUACCUCAAAGCCAUUUACAUACUGAAAAUUACAGAACACAAAUAGUAAGAUAUCAGUAGUAAAAAUCACAGUGUCAAGGCUCAAAAAGUUAGUGAAAACAUGUACUUUUUUGUGCCAAAAGUGACUCAGACCAUACCGAAUCAAUAUCAUAAAUAUUGGAUACAUAAAGGAGCAGGUGUCCCUUAUUCUAAGAUCUAUAUCCCUGAUGAACAGCACUUUGAAGCACAGAAGGUAUUUGUCUAUUUACAGAAAAGAUUACUAAUUAUUACAAACAUUACUUUUAUUCUUUUUGUCUGUAUUCCUUGCAAACGGUAGACACAGGCCUUUCUGGGUUUCAUCUUGGGUUCUAACAGACGUGACUCAUUGCACCAAAGUAUUUGAUAAAGAUUACCAAUUACAUAUACAAAAUGUAUCUGAUAAAUGAGUAGUCUAUUCAGCAAGGACAGUCCUUCAUUUGAACUGCUUAGCUUUUUAAGUGUCAAUAAAAAUAAUAAUUCAAUUUC